AAGAUGUACCCUUCGAGCCCCAAUAUUUCCAGCUCUUCAUCUUUCUUUCACAUUAAUAUUCCAUCUCCUUCUAUGCAAUAUGAACCGGAAUUCAUCCAAUAUUUCCAUGACUUUCAAUUCAUCCAACCUGCAGCUUACGAUCAGAAUAAUUUGGAUAUUACGGCAGAAGAAGGUGAUCAUAAGAUGGAAGAAGAUGAAUUGAUCAUAAAAAACAAGAAGGAUGAGAGUACUAGUACCACUACUAGUACUAUUCGUAGAAAAAACAACAAGAGAGUUACUACUGGUGCUGGUGUAGGACCUUCGAAGAAAGAUAGACACAGCAAAAUAAACACGGCACAUGGCCCAAGAGACCGAAGAAUGAGACUUUCACUUGAAAUUGCUAGAAAAUUCUUCAAUUUGCAAGACUUGCUUGGGUUCGAUAAGGCUAGCAAAACUGUAGAAUGGCUACUCACAAAGUCAAAAUCAGCUGUAAACGAUCUCGUUCAGAAAAUUAACAAAGAAAAAUGCAGUGCUAGUACAAAUCCUAAUAUUGGUGGUGUUGUAUCAUCUCCCUCCGAGUCAUGUGAAGUUAUAUCUGGAGUAAUCGACGAAUCAGCAGCAACUAAUAAUAAUACUAACAAGCAACAGAAGAAAAAAGUAGUUAAGUCGAUUCGUAGGGCAAUAUUUCAUCCAGUUGUUGCAAAGGAAUCAAGGAAAGAAGCAAGAGCAAGGGCAAGGGAAAGAACAAAAAUAAAGAAAAGCCUAAAUAAUGGUGAUCAAUCCAUGGCGCCUGAUGAGGAUUUAACAAGAUCAUUAGGAUCUUGGAGUACUACAUUUGAAGAUCAUCAAUCAGGUAUUCAAGCCUAUAAUAAUACUAACAAUAUUAUGAAUGCUGUUGAUAACUUUAAUUUGGUGGAUACUAGCAAUUGGAGCCCAUUUAUGUUCAACUAUCACCAAAUCAAUACUGAAAUUUCUCAGGAGCAUCAAUUGACAAACUUCCAGUAUUCUGGCAAGUUAUGGGAAGCUUAAUUAGGGCAAGGAAGUUCUACUUAAGCAAGCUUGUUGAUUUAGUGCAACUUCAGAAGAAGGCUAUUUGGUCAUGUUGGUAAUGUAAAAUGAAUUUGUCUAUUUUAUUAUUGAGUGUAUUCCAUGAAAAACAACUUGUAUUUUUCUUAUAAAUAAGCUCAUCUUUUUCUUUCAA